AUGUUUGUCAAACAAUUCGUCCUACUAGUUUGCUUUCUUCUGUGUGUAUUAGAAUCGACACGACUGGCCGACUCGAAUGUGAAACAUCAUAAAAAACGGCGUGCCCGUUUUCGUCGUCGUGAAUUCAUCCAAGAAGAAGUUCAAAAAACAAUGUCAAAUUAUAUGACGAGUAUGAAAGGUGAAAUCACGGAUAUUAUUCUCGACGAAAUGAUUAGUUAUUACAACGAUCAACAAAUGAAAUUAUUUGAUCUCGAGAACGAAGUGGUCAAGAUGAAAAACUCGUCAUUACCCGUUCGAAAUGUCAAUGUCACAUUUAAUGAACUAGUUGUACAAAUGACAAAACAAGAGCGUACAUUUGCAUUGAAUAUAUCAUUUAUGGAGAACAAAGUUAAAAAUCUGACGAAUAUGAUUAAUGUCUUACUGAAUGAAUUGCAAAUGAAACCUGCACAACGGGCCAAGCCGCUUAUUUCUGUAAAGAGAAAUUUAGAUGUUAAUGAACUACCGACAGAUUGUGAUGAUGUACUGCGUCAACAGUCACCAAGCACUUCGGAAGGAAUCUUUCGUAUUAAACCUCGUUCGUCGACCGAGUCGUUUGAAGUUAAAUGUAUAUUUGAAAAUAAUGUUACUGGGUGGACAGUCAUUCAACGACGAUUCAAUGGUACGGUAGAUUUUUAUCGAGGUUGGAAUGAUUAUAAAACUGGAUUUGGAGAUGUACAAAUGGAAUUUUGGUUGGGAAAUGACAAGAUUCAUCAGUUAACCAAACAAGGAGAAUAUGCUCUUCGAAUCGAUCUAAAACCGUGGGAUGCAUCCAUUCUCAUCGCUGAAUAUGGUCAGUUUCGGUUAGAGAAUGAAAAUGAAAAGUAUAAGUUAUCCGUAUCCAACUUCCUUGCAAACAUCUCAACGGCUGGCGAUUCUCUUUCAUCAUCAUGGGAUAAUGCAAAUGGUGCAUCAUUCUCCACCUUCGAUCACGACUUUGACAACUUAUUUUAUGACAAUUGUGCACAAAUCUAUCAUGGUGCAUGGUGGUUUACAAAUUGUUUUCAAUCCCAUCUCAAUGGUCUCUACGUUCGAACGCCACUUGCUCUACAAAAUACAGCACGCAAUGGCUUACAAUGGAAUACAUAUGCAUUGCAUCAUUCAAUGCAAGAAACAACUAUGCGCAUUCGACGACAAACACCACUCGAAAUGCAUUGA